AUGUAUGAUAUCCCAUCUCUUUGUGAAUAUUUUCUUUCAGAUGGUGCAGAUAUCAAUGCAAAAAUAGAUUAUGGACGAUCUGCUCUACAUUAUGCAACGAUACGUAAUCGUAUAGAAAUAGCUAAACUUCUUAUAUCACAUGGUGUAAAUGUCAAAGAAAAAGAUGAACGCGGACAAACUGCGCUUCAUUUUGCACCAUGUAAAGAAAUAGCUAAACUUCUCAUUUCGCAUGGUGCAAAUAUUAAUGAAAAAGAUGAACAUGGACAAACCGCUCUUCACGAAGCAGCAAAUUAUAGAUUAAAAGAAACAGCCGAGUUUCUUAUUUCACAUGGUGCAAAUGUCAAUGAAAAAAAUAUACUUGGACAAACCGUUCUUCAUCAAGCAGCAACAAAAAAUCAUAAAGAAACAAUCGAACUUCUAAUUUCACAUGGUGCAAAUGUCAAUGAAACAGAUGAAUGUGGACAAACUGCUCUUUAUAUUGCAACAAUAUCUGGUUAUAAAGAAAUAGUUGAACUUCUUAUUUCACAUGGUGCAAAUAUUAAUGAAAAAAUAAACUUGGAAAAAUACCUCUUCAGUAUGUGCAGAAUAUAA